AUGUUGGUCGUCCUUAUAGUCACAAGGUGUGACUCGGAGGAGGAGGUAGUGAGCAGCUGGAAGAAGCAGGAGGCACUCCGGAGAAAGGAGGCGGAGGAGAAGCUCCGGAAAGCUCAGGAGGAGGAGGAGAAGAAACAACGGGAGCGAGAGAAGGAGGCGGCAAAACAGCUGAAGGAAGAACGGAAGGAGAGGAAAAAACAGGAGCAGGAGGAACGAAAGAAGCAGAAGGAAGAAACAAAAGAGGAGAAGAAGAAGGAAGGGAACAAGAAAGACGACAGGUCAAAAGAGAAGACACCAAAAGACAAGAAAGCAGACAACAGGGAGAGAAAGAAGGAGGAGAAGAAGAAGAAGGAUGAAGACAAACAGGAGGAGCAGAGAAUAAAGAAGGAACAAGAAAGACGAUAG